UGAUAAUUCUGUAAAAUUCAUGACCAAAUUUUGCCAAUUAACUUGAACAAUGCCAAAGUUUGAGGUGCAGCUGUCCUAGAAUCCAACAUAAAAAACAGGACUACAUCAUCGUCUCUAUACGUAACACUUGGUAAAGUUUUGGUACAUCUCAGGCAGCUAUACCCUGAUGAAAGUACCCAGGAACAUGGAUCUCCCACACACCAGAACCUCUCACUUGGGUGUUAGGACCCUUGAAUAGGCAAAAGUAACGUGAUUGGUGCCACUAAUCUCUUGGCAAUGCGCAUGGAGAAUGCACAUUAUCGCGUCAUUAGGUAUUAGGGCCUUGAUUUGUCUGGACUAUUGCGUUCACAAGCCGCCAUGGAUUCUAGUAAAGAAUACAGACAGAUUCGGUUCUUUGUCACAAGUGCCCGGUAAAGCUAGUUCACAAGAAAGCCGAAAAACGAUCGGCGCUACUUCCUCGAAAAGGCUUUACUGUGCAACAUGUACUUUUGUGCAAGAGGAUAAGUACAAAGUUGUCUCUUUACGACCAAAAGAAAAAGCACAACGUACAAAAAGUACGAAGUUGUGCCCGUGAAUCCAUAAAGUUAUUUGGAGUUGCGUACUAGUUGGUCUUUUCGGUUUUUUCUUUUUGGUUGGAAUUACUUGGUAUAUUUUCUUGGUAUAGCGACAGCCAGUAGUACUAGUAAGAUAUUUAAACACACCAUGGGCAAUAAAGAAUGGAUCGAAAAUGCUACGAACGAUGUGUACGCAGGAUGGAAUGACUUGGUUGCUGAACUCUCCUCAACAAUCUUUAGCUAUGAUCUUGGCUGAUAGGGGAUUCGAUGUCUGGAUUGCCAACAUCAGAGGAACCCGAUACAGCAGACGACAUGUCACACUUGAUCCUAGCAAACCGGAAUUUUGGAAUUGGACAUGGGAUGACCUGGUGAUGCAUGACUUACCAGCUCUUCUGGAUUUCGUGUUUCAGCAAACUGGUCAAAAAAUCCACUACGUAGGCCAUUCCAUGGGAACAUUGAUGGCUUUGGCAACAUUUUCCGAAAGGAAGCAAAUAGACAAGGUAAAAUCCGCGGCCUUGUUGAGCCCGAUUGCUUUCUUGAGCCACAUGACCACUGCGCUCGGUGUCGUAGCUGCCAAAGCCUUCGUAGGCGAAAUCACCACUUUAUUCGGUCUUUCAGAAUUCAACCCGAAAGGGGAUGCUGUAGCAAGUCUUCUGAAGGCUCUGUGUGCUCAACCGGGGGUGGACUGCUAUGAUUUGCUAACCGCCUUAACAGGGAAAAAUUGCUGUCUCAAUGCUUCAACUGUUGAGCUUUUCUUGAAGAAUGAGCCUCAAUCUACUUCGACGAAAAAUCUAGUGCAUUUGGCUCAGACUGUCCGAGAUGGAAAGCUCACUAAGUACGAUUAUGGGAAUGCUUACUUCAACGUGGCGCAUUAUGGCGAAUCAAAGCCUCCAUCCUAUAAUUUGGCCAAUAUUCCGAAUGACCUUCCAAUCUUCCUCAGCUACGGAGGCCAAGAUGCUCUAUCUGAUGUUAAAGAUGUGGAGACUCUGCUGGACAGUCUCAAGUUCCAUGAUGUAGAAAAGUUGCAUGUCCAGUACAUCAAGGACUACGCUCAUGCCGACUUCAUAAUGGGGUGACUGCGAAGGACGUAGUGUAUAACCAAAUUGUGGAAUUUUUCAGAUCAAACCAGCUGAAUUAGUGGUCCUUCAUCGUGAGGUCUUUUCUUUUUUUUUUUUUUGUCGUAAAAAGACUCUUAAUUUGCUCGGUUUUCUUGCAGAAUGUGCGUACCAUUAAUUGGAAGAUUCUAAGUCGUUUCAAGAGUGAAUUGCUGCGUAAUAAAAUAACUUAAUUGGAAGA